UUACCAUUGUCGAUGGUAAAAUCAUCAUCGGAUUUAUUAUUAUCAUCAUCAUGAUCAAAUCAUUAUUGAACGUACUACAUGAAUGGUAUAAUUUGAGCGCGAUGUUUAUUUUUCAUUGAAUUUUUUUUAUCAAUGAAAAAUUAUCAAUUCAAUUUUUUAUCAUCAUCAAUCAAAUCAAAUCAAAAACUAUUUAUAUUUCGUAUUUUGGACCAUUACACAUCACAAUGAAUCCGACAAAUGAAAUGCCCAUCACCACCACCACCACCACCACCGAUAAUAAUGAUAAUUCUAUACGGCGAUCAAAACGUAUAGCAGCAAAAAUUGAAGAACGACCAAAUCAAUUGAUCAAUUUGAUCAUGUCGGAUUUGGAAAAAGAAUCAACGAAUUUAAAAAAGAAAAAUGAUUCAAAUUUUUGUAAAAGAAAAAUUUAUAAAAAUAGUGCAAAUAAUAAUAAUAAUGACAACAACAGCAGCAGCAGCAAUAAUAAAAUGUUAGUAUCACGUGAUGAAGAAACUGGUACAUUAUUCGAUAAUGGUCUACAGGCCGUAAAAAUUAUCGGUGCUACAUAUGUAAAUGAUGAUUCGGAUUCGAAUAAAUCAAGCCUCAAUGAUCUAUGUUAUCUGAUUAAAUAUGAAAAUGGCCAAUAUGAAUUGGUAUUGAAUAAAGUGGCACAUAAAUUCUGUCCAUCGCUUGUCAUUGAUUUUCUGGAAUCUCGUAUAUCAAUCAAUGAUGAUGAUUUGGAUAUAUUGAAAUUUCCUAUUACCAUUGAUUCAAGUGUUAAAAUUGUAAAUUCAUAAAUAAAUUUUAGAUAUAUUUAUUUAACACACACACAUUCGACAUAUAAUUAUAAUCAUAUUAAA